CCCAGCGAGAGGGGCCAGGCACCGUUUCCUAGAGGGGCUCGGGCUCGGCCUUUCCCAGGGAGCUCCCUUCCGGAGGAGCUGAGGGCGGUAUCGGGCCUGUGGGCGAGGGAGAGAGAGAGAGAGAGAGAGAGAGAGAGGCCCGAGAGGUUUCGACUGAACGUUGGAUUUCUUCUUUAAGCGCUUUUAUCCAAUCAAUGUCGUAUUUUGGUAACCUCUGAAUGAACCUUGAGAAGAACACUUCCCUUUGGCUUAGGUCAGGAAUGAAAUUACACGGCACUCACAAGAAAUAAGUUGGAGAAAUUAUAUUUCAAGCUAUAUACUUGUGCAUUCAAGGAGGAAAGGGAGAAUUGUGCUGUGAAAAGUGGGGCUUGGUAUUUUAUUUAUUCAAAUGGACUAGAGCAAUACAAGGACUGAGAAGAGGUAAUCAGGAGAACAUAUCUGUGACCUUCUGGCAGAAUAUUUGAAUCAUAAAUGCAAAAGAAUGGAAAAUCAUUCCUUGUCAAAACAUACUUGUAUGAACUGUGGAAAAUGUUUCACUGGGAGAAGUUCUCUUACUACACAUCAAAGAACCCACACAGGAGAGAAACCACAUAAAUGCGUAGAAUGUAGAAAGACCUUCAGUCGGAGUGGACAUCUGCAUUCCCAUCAAAGGACCCAUACAGGGGAGAAGCCACAUAAAUGCAUGGAAUGUGGAAGGAGCUUCUCUCACAGUGGAGAUCUGCGUAAACAUCAAAGAACUCACACAGGAGAGAAGCCACAUAAAUGCAUAGAAUGUGGAAAGAACUUCAGUCGGAGUGACAGUCUGCGUACACAUCAGAGGACCCAUGCAGGAGAGAAGCCACAUAAAUGCAUGGAAUGUGGAAAGAGCUUCAGUGAGAGUGGACAUCUGCGUUCCCAUCAAAGGAACCACACAGGGGAGAAACCACAUACAUGCAUAGAAUGUGGAAAGAACUUUUGUUGGAGUGGCAAUUUGCGUGUCCAUCAAAGAACUCACACAGGGGAGAAGCCACAUAAAUGCAUGGAAUGUGGAAAGAGCUUUAGUCGGAGUGGAGAUCUGUGUAUUUAUCGAAGGAUCCACACAGGGGAGAAGCCACAUAAAUGCAUGAAAUGUGGAAAGAGCUUUAUUCAGAGUGGAGAUCUGCGUAUUCAUCAAAGGAUCCACACAGGGGAGAAGCCACAUAAGUGCAUGGAAUGUGGAAAGAGCUUCACUGAGAGUGGAAUUCUGCGUAUCCAUCAAAGAACCCACACAGGGGAGAAACCACAUAAAUGCAUGGAAUGUGGAAAGAGCUUCCGUCACAGUGUGAGUCUGCAUACCCAUCAAAGGAUCCACACAGGAGAGAAACCACAUAAAUGCAUGGAAUGUGGAAAGAGUUUCAGUCAGAGUGGACAUCUGCAUACCCAUCAAAGGACCCACACAGGAGAGAAAUCAUAUAAAUGCAUGGAAUGUGGAAAGAGCUUCAGUCAGAGUGCACAUCUGCGUACCCAUCAAAGGACCCACACAGGAGAGAAACCACAUAAAUGCAUGGAAUGUGGAAAGAGCUUCAGUCAGAGUUCACAUCUGCGUACCCAUCAAAGGACCCACACAAGGGAAAAUGCAUUAGACAUCAAAGAGCUCACACACAGCUAGAGGAGACCUGCCAGUGUGUUUCCAAGAGUCCCAGGAAGAAAAAAAAUUGGGAUGAUGGACCGAAAAAAGAAGGCUGCCCACUUUCUCUCUGUCUGUCAUGUGCAGCAGUUUGUGUGGUCUGGCUUGACUGGUUUUGUGUUCAGGACUCCCACAGAGGUGGAUUUUUCUCUGUGUUGUAGCCAGUUUGGAAGGGGUUAACCUGAUCUUUUCCUCCUCAAGAAAAGCAUUGCAGGCUUCUGGGAUGAUCUGGGAAGGCUUUCUGAAAUGAGCAGCAGCUGAGAUCUCAUGACAAAAGGGUUCUGGAAAGGAACAGUUCCUUUUUAGCAGAUAACAUUGUACAUCUUGCCUGGAUCUUGGCUCUGCUGCCCCUCGGUUUGAAUUCUGGACUUUGGCCUUGUUCCUGUCAUCCUGUUCUGGACUCUGUUGUACCCUGAGUCAUUGUUGACUUCAAAUUCUGGACUGACUACUUGGCUUGAUUUAUGGACUUGGACUUCAGUUUGCAUCUUUGCCUCUCUGGCUUGAAUUUGGAGUUUUGACUUUGGUUUGUAAUCUUGCAUUCUUGAUAGUUAUUUUAUGAACUGUGGUGAAUGCAUUCCUGACAUCUGACUGUUGGACUGUGACCUUGGCAAAUAUUUGUGUAUUUGUAAAUUAUGUGGUCAUACUUUUAAUUGUAAACCGCUUUGGGUCUCCUUCGGGAGAGAUUCAACGGGGAGUAAAUAAAAAUAAUAGUAAUAAUAAUAUUGAUGCCUGUUUAGAGGAAAUCUCCUGUAAUAACAACAACUACAACUUCUUUAUUUUUAUCUCACCCUAUCUCUCCGAGGGGACUCAAAGGCGGUUUACAAAAGGAAUUUUGGCAAGCAAAAAAACCCCAAAUCAAAUUAUAAACAGUAAAUGAAUAACAUCAAAAUAUAAGUAUAAAAUAACCCAAACUAUAUUAAAUAGCCCAAACUAACAAGAUUAAAAUUUAUACAACACUAGCUGUGCCCUGCCACGCGUUGCUGUGGCCUAUAGUAAAACUUAUCAAAGUUGAGGUAGAUAUCUGGACUAUUAUGAAAGAGAGGUCCCUACCUAUUCCUUCCCCUUUU